UAGAAGCCGGGGUUGGUGUGCGCGGGGCGGGGUCCUUGGAAGGCCGGGCGGGCGGAGGCUCGGGAAGCAGCAGCGGCGGCGAGACCCCGGCGCGGGAGCUGGGCCUUGGUCCGCGCCCUGGCAGCUGUGUCUGUGUGCACACCUUGGACACGUGGGGCCGGCUGGGAACGAUGCCACCACCAUCAGACAUCGUCAAAGUGGCCAUUGAGUGGCCGGGUGCUAAUGCUCAGCUCCUUGAAAUCGACCAGAAGCGGCCCCUGGCGUCCAUCAUCAGGGAAGUGUGCGAUGGGUGGUCGCUGCCAAACCCGGAGUAUUACACGCUGCGCUACGCGGACGGGCCCCAGCUCUACAUCACUGAGCAGACUCGCAGUGACAUUAAGAAUGGGACAAUCUUACAGCUGGCUGUCUCCCCGUCCCGGGCCGCGCGGCAGCUGAUGGACAGGACCCAGUCGUCCAACAUGGAGACCCGGCUGGACGCCAUGAAGGAGCUGGCCAAGCUCUCUGCGGACGUGACCUUCGCCACCGAGUUCAUCAACAUGGACGGCAUCGUGGUGCUCACGCGGCUCGUGGAGAGUGGAACCAAGCUCUUGUCCCACUACAGUGAGAUGCUGGCAUUCACCCUGACUGCCUUCUUAGAGCUCAUGGACCAUGGCAUUGUCUCCUGGGACAUGGUGUCCAUCACCUUCAUUAAGCAGAUCGCAGGGUACGUGAGCCAGCCCAUGGUGGACGUGUCCAUCCUCCAGAGGUCCCUGGCCAUCCUGGAGAGCAUGGUCCUGAACAGCCAGAGUCUGUACCAGAAGAUAGCAGAGGAAAUCACUGUGGGACAGCUCAUCUCUCACCUGCAGGUCUCCAACCAGGAAAUCCAGACCUACGCCAUCGCCCUGAUCAACGCGCUUUUCCUGAAGGCCCCCGAGGACAAGAGACAGGACAAGCACCUUAAUCCGCUAGACCUGCCUGUCACUGACAUGGCCAAUGCUUUCGCCCAGAAGCACCUCCGGUCCAUCAUCCUGAAUCACGUGAUCCGAGGGAACCGCCCAAUCAAAACCGAGAUGGCUCAUCAGCUGUAUGUCCUGCAAGUCCUGACCUUUAACCUUCUAGAAGAAAGGAUGAUGACCAAGAUGGACCCCAACGACCAGGCUCAGCGGGACAUCAUAUUCGAACUGAGGAGGAUCGCGUUUGACGCAGAGUCCGACUCCAGCACCGUCCCCGGGAGUGGGACUGAGAAGCGCAAAGCCAUGUACACGAAGGACUACAAGAUGCUGGGGUUCACCAACCACAUCAACCCGGCAAUGGACUUCACGCAGACUCCUCCCGGGAUGCUGGCCCUGGACAACAUGCUGUACUUGGCCAAAGUCCACCAGGACACCUACAUCCGGAUUGUCCUGGAGAACAGCAGCCGCGAAGACAAACACGAAUGCCCCUUUGGCCGCAGCGCCAUCGAGCUUACCAAGAUGCUCUGUGAAAUCCUGCAGGUUGGGGAACUGCCAAACGAAGGGCGCAACGACUACCACCCGAUGUUCUUCACCCACGACCGGGCCUUUGAGGAGCUCUUUGGGAUCUGCAUCCAGCUGCUGAACAAGACCUGGAAGGAGAUGAGGGCAACGGCGGAGGACUUCAACAAGGUCAUGCAGGUGGUCCGAGAGCAGAUCACGCGCGCGCUGCCCUCCAAACCCAACUCCUUGGACCAGUUCAAGAGCAAACUGCGCAGCCUGAGCUACUCUGAGAUCCUGAGGCUGCGCCAGUCCGAGAGGAUGAGUCAGGACGACUUCCAGUCCCCGCCGAUCGUGGAGCUGAGGGAGAAGAUCCAGCCCGAGAUCCUGGAGCUGAUCAAGCAGCAGCGCCUGAACCGGCUCUGUGAGGGCAGCAGCUUCCGGAAGAUUGGGAACCGCCGAAGGCAGGAGCGCUUCUGGUACUGCCGCCUGGCGCUGAACCACAAGGUCCUGCACUACGGCGAUUUGGAUGACAACCCGCAGGGGGAGGUGACGUUUGAGUCCCUGCAGGAGAAAAUUCCCGUUGCAGACAUUAAGGCCAUCGUCACCGGGAAGGACUGCCCCCACAUGAAGGAGAAGAGCGCCCUGAAACAGAACAAGGAGGUGUUGGAAUUGGCCUUCUCCAUCCUGUACGACCCUGACGAGACCCUGAACUUCAUCGCACCUAAUAAGUACGAGUACUGCAUCUGGAUCGACGGCCUCAGCGCCCUCCUGGGGAAGGACAUGUCCAGCGAGCUGACGAAGAGCGACCUGGACACGCUGCUGAGCAUGGAGAUGAAGCUGCGGCUCCUGGACCUGGAGAACAUCCAGAUUCCCGAAGCGCCCCCGCCGGUGCCCAAGGAGCCCAGCAGCUACGACUUCGUCUAUCACUACAGCUGAGCCUGGAGCCGCAGGCGCCGGUGCCCAGGGAGGGGUUUGGGGCCCAGAAGAAACGCUCACAGUCUGGUGCCUUGUCCUUCGCUUGUACAGAAUCUGUAGUGACCGUGGUGGCCAGUACAUGCCAACCGUUCCUCAGACCCACCUCAGACCACCGAGAGCUGCCUCCGGGUCCCCGUCUCCUGUGAGUCGUGACGGCAGGUGCUCUGGCUUCCCCGCCGCCGUGGAGCCUGUGUCCGGGCCGUGAGGAACGAGCGGCAGAGGCCCUUGCCCUUUGGGCCGAGAAACUGCUUCUUGAGCUGGAUUUCACAGAAGCCACUCACCUUUUCUUCCUGAGCCUGCUCUCCGGUGGCCAGCUGUCUUGCCGUGUGGGCAAGAGCUGCCUGCGGAGGACCGACGUGCUGGGUGUGCUGGGAGCCUUGGGGAGGCUGCCUUUGGCUGGCCCAUGCCUGUGCCAGACCCAAGCAGAGGCCUUGCCCAUGCUUGCGUCGUCUUUGUGAGGGCUCACUGUGGCCUCACACGGGGCCUGCAGGCUGCUGCUGCUGCUGCUGCUGCUGAGGCUGAGCUGCGGCUCCAAAGCUCUGCCCUCCGGAGCUGCCAGACCUCGCUCGCCCACGCAGUUGUCUGGGCAGACGGUGAUUUCUACCUACAAGCUCCCAGUCUGUCAUCUUGGCGAGUCAGAGCCAGGAGGGCUGAGUCCCACCCUCUUACUCUCAAGGAACUCUGUGGGAAGAGCCCAGAUGAGCCUGGGCCUAGGCCGGUGAGGUCUCUCGAUUCUGCUCCCCUCCCCCCACAUUUCUAUUGUCCCUUCCUCUGGGAGAGAUCUCCCAGUGAACCUGAAGUGUGUCCCCCUCCAGGUGGCUUUCCUUUGGCCUUCCAGACCUCAGGAAGUUGGCCUUCCCUCCCUCCCCAUCCCAGCGCUGUGGUUCCUCCCUUGGGCCAUGAUUUCAGGGCGCUGGCCGAGGCCACAGCUGUGCCAACGGGGCAUCCUUGGUGCUGCCGCACUUGUAAACCACACGCACAGCCUCUCUCCUUGGACGUACGUCAACCCGGCAUUCAGUAUUGGUAGCCUGGCAUGGUAGGUCCUACCCAAUGAAGAGUGUACUAUAUAUUUUCUUUACUAUAGGCCAUACUUAUACAGACGUGUAUAUAUAUUUAUAUAUAAGCUCUACCUAUCCUAGGAUGGAAUGUUUGAGGGGAAAUGAAAUUGGAGGCAGAAGAAAAAAUAGUAACACUUCCAGUUGUGAGCCAAGACUGUACAGCCUGCGAGCAGCCAGGAGCUUCCUGUUAGUAA